UUUGAACGGUUUUAACCUGUUUUAUCAAAGACAGGAAACCUCUAAAUCAUAGCUCCAUAUAUGAAUCCUGUCUUUAUGGUGUGAUUGACAGCUCAUUAGCUUAAUUAGCUAAUCGUAAUGGCAGCUAGGAGACCUGGGACCUGUGUGUCUUGAACUAUGCAAUGAAGGGCUAUUAUUGCAGAAGCCUCUCCAGUUGGCUGCAUUUUUCUCAAUACAAAUUCCAGAUAUCUUCAGUGGGCAUUUUAGCCACUCAACAAAAAGCAAAGUGAGCUAGUAAACAAGAUUUAGUGCAAAGUGCGGCGCAGCAUGGCAGCUCAGCACCAGGUAUGAAACGUCCGUUCAGCCCAUCAGCUCUGCUGAACACCGAGCUGGACAGGAGAGAGUUUGGUGCCGGGCUAGGAGUGCAGAUGGACGGCGAACCUUGCUGCAACACCCAGAAUGAGGGUGCAGUACCAGAUGAGCAGACACCAGGGGGCACCCUCUCUUCUGCACUCAACAGACCCAAAAGGGAGAGAAAGCAGCGGAGCUACACAUUGUGUGAGGUCUGCAACAUCCAACUCAACUCAGCGGCACAGGCCCAGAUCCACUACAACGGCAAAUCCCACCAGAAGAGACUCAAGCAGAUCAGCAAUGGCAAGAUGCCAAGUAACACAGGUACGUCGGCCCAGGGCAGCCCCCUUCUGGCUUCCCUCCCUGUCCCAGGACGGCCUCUGCAGCCACAGCUCGACCUCAAACACCUCCUGCCCUUUAGACUCAAUGGAUCCUCUCCCCUCAGCCUCUUCCCUAACUUUAACGCGAUGGACCCUGUCCAGAAGGCAGUGAUCAACCACACAUUUGGUGUCCCUCAGCCCCUAAAGAAGAAACAGAUUAUCUCCUGCAACAUUUGCCACCUGCGCUUUAACUCAACGAACCAAGCAGAGGCCCACUACAAGGGCCACAAACACGCCCGGAAGCUCAAAGCCAUGGAGGCCCAGAAGAACAGGCAGCGACGAGGGGAGGCCUCAUCCACAGGAAGGGAGAGAGACAGAGACAGAGACCGGGAACGAGAUCGGGACAGGAGCAAGACGUCCACAUCCGAGGCAGCUCUUCCCAUGCUUAUGGACACAAGCUUGGUGGAGGGAACAAGUCUUCAGUCUGAUCUUGAACCAGCCAACCUGGAGGUGAAGCUUGAGGAGAGUCCCAGGAGCUCAGUUAUGCUGACGCCAGUAUCUGAGGUUUCCCCUGUGGAGUUGGUCACCCUUUCCCCUCCUCAAAUUUCACCCUCCUCACAGCUCUCAGAGACUGCCUCAGACACCAGCGUCCCAGAUGUCGCCGAGGCUGCCGAGGCCGGGGUCCUGACCAUUGAGUCAGGCAGCCAUGCAGACACAUCCAGCACAAAUGGGGAGCCACGUACAGAUGAGGACAAGGACCCCAAGAAGAGCAAGGCUCACCUCCACUGUCCUGUCUGUAAAGUCACAGUCAACUCCGUCUCCCAACUGGAAGCACAUAACAGCGGUACAAAGCACAAAUUGAUGCUGGAAGGUCACAGUGUUCUGCCUCGACGCAGGGGAAAAGUGGUGGCAGCUCGUGCAGGCUGCAAGAGCAAGCGGCUGGCCAGCAAAGGCAGUGUCGGGGUGCCCAGCAAGAACUUUCAUUGUGAAGUGUGUGAGAUUUUUGUGAACUCUGAGACCCAGCUUAGCCAGCACAUGAAUAGCAGAAGGCACAAGGACAGGCUGGCCGGAAAACCACCCAAACCCAAAUUUACCCCCCACAGCAAGAGCCAGCCAAGCUCCAGCUUAGCGAACGUGAGAUGGAGUGGCUAUGCAGGCGUGGCUGUGUCUGCCAUGAAGAAAGCGUUCAGCCAGUACAAUCUCACCUCCCUCUCCUCGCAGACCAAACUGGCCUUGCAGAAGCAGCUGACCAAGAGCUUGACAACUGGCUUCCUGCCCAGCCCCCUCACCCAGCCAACUCUGUGCACAGUGGCAACUAACCCACUGGCUCUGCGCCACCCAGUGGGCACCACCACCUUCAUCCAGACCCCCUUCCUGGGCCCUGCACUGUUUCGGCCUGCCCCAGGGCCGCUGCGGGCCACACACACACCCAUCAUCUUCUCCCCCUACUAAAGACUUGACCCACUUCCCAUUUCAGCUCCACGUUUGUCCCUUUACCAAAUCCCAGGCCCUCCUUUAGUGUGACCCACAUGACAAGGGCCACACGCAAACUAUGCAGCCCACCUGACUUACGAUGGAAAGAGUGCACAUGCCCUGACGCUCAGUAGGCCAUUAGGCCUGAGAGCUGUUCCUAUCAUUAAGGCCAAGACCAAGAUCCCCCAUCAUGCCUUCUUUCUGCUCCUCUUAUCAUGACCUAAGGAGCAGGAUAGGCCUCCAGACAGUGACUGGUGCACAGAGGCCACUUUUAUAGCCAUUUCAUGGGUCAAUAUGGUUUGGAUAAUGGAUAUUAUUGUGUAAUUUAUUAGAGAACAUAUAUAGACAUGUCUAGAUGUAUGCUUAGUGUGGUUGCCACAAAAUAAGGUCCCUUUACUUGAUGCUGUUUUAAAACAUUUUUAACUUAUUGGUUUUGGGGUUUUAUGAAAGGGCGGAAGAUCACAGGUCAUUAAAGCAGCUGAACCCAAGGCAUCCUCUUGUAUGGCUGGACAAGUCACUGUCAUUGAUCAGUGUUUUCAACUAACAAGCUUAAAGGAUAAUCUGAGGUCAAUUACUGUCGCAUAUCAUCUUGCAUAUGGCAAUUAUCAAACAACUCUCUGGACAAGUAACCUUGUCAACAAGGACCAAUGUGAGUUCUCAUUAUGGACGGUACUGCACGUGAAGCUACAUAACUACAUACUGUAUGGCCACAUAUUAAAACCCAGUUAGCGCAAUUUUGCACCUCCAUCCCUCUCCCAAUUUCCCCGAGCCCUUAGCUCAUACAAUUAAAACAUUUCUGUCUUUCUGAGUCACAGCCAUAGUCAGAGCCUUCCCAUUUUUUCCCUUUCCUGUAUCCCCAGGAUUAAGCACUCAUUAAGGUCCAGAAAAGGUCAGCUUGUCAACUUGAGUUUGUUUCAAUUUGCAAAUCUGUCUUCGGAAUGACUUUUUAAUAUAUUUUUUUUGGUCCAGUGCAUCAUUCACGCAAUGCAGCUUGAACAUUAUGUUCUCGGCAAGCUAGCGGCACAAAAACAUUUUUCGCACCCAUGGAUGUCUUACAUUGCAAAAUGCCAUUAUUUCUUUCCUCUCAUGACUGCUCUUUUUCUUUUCCUUCCUAAUUCACCCUGCUGUCAUCACCUCACUGUAGUUUUUGAUUUUCUGUGGCAUUAUCUCAGCGUGAGAUGAUGAUGAUAAUGAUGAUGAUGAUGAUGAUGAUGAUGAUGACGACGAGGAAUAGGGAAAGCCUCCCACAACACACAAUCACAUACAUAAUGAAAACACAAUGGAUAACUUGAAGACUUUAUGGGAUUUCAGAGCUCAACGGAAACUUGACAGUGGGUGGGGAGGCUGCUCAGCCAGUACUUGAUUGACAUCCUAUUGCAGUGUUUGCGCACAGCGUGGGAGGGAACAAAGCACAGUGCCAUGGCAACCACAUUAAAAGCACCUUAAAACUGAUUUACUUACGAAAGCAAUGAAAGUUGUGUUUAUAGUCACCUUUCUUUGCUCUAGGUGUAUCUUUUUACAAUCCCAUGUCAAUUUCAGUGAAUUUUGCUUCGAAGAAACAAAAAAACCAAUCAGGUGAGAAUGAUCACGUUAUGGUAUAUCCGUAGCUAAGACAAGUCUCACAUUUAAAGCAAUACAUUCAGUAUGUUUAUGUUUAUGAUGUGUUUUCAGUGUGUCAAUGGCUUUAUCUAUUCUAUACUGUACACACCUGUAAUAAUGUAUUAUGUACUCCGACACAGCCAAGGGCCAAUUCUGAAUAUCAGCGAAGAGUCAUUUGAAUUGAGGGGUUGUCCUGAUGGUGCUGCCCUUGAUGCUUGAUGCUCAUGGUCAGUCUCCACAUGCUGGUGACUCUGGGCUGAGCCGUUUCCAUUUAUAGCUGCUCCCACACUGCGGAAAGGGUGCUUCAGCGCCAUAUGACAUUGCUGUUUCACUUUUUAGUGGAGCAGGAGAACUUUUGUAUGACUUCCACUGAGCAAAACAUUGUUACAUCAGAGACAAGUGUUUGGGAUAAGUGUCACAAGUGCAACAUCAGCCGUCAUAUUGCUGUUCCUGCCCGUGUGCUGUACCCAACAACCCCCAACCACCCAGGAUAUAUACUGACAUUCAGCCCCUCCUCUGCCAAAAUGGACUGUUGGCAAGGUCUUGAACUUGGAGCGUACACAUCAUCCUUCCCGCAACACUCAUACCAAAUCAUGUUCUCUUAAAUUACAGUAAAUCCUAUGCAUUUCUCAUUGUGCAAUAUGUAUAGUUGUCUGUGAUGCAGCAGUGCCAUCUGUCGUGAAAACCCUGUAAUUGCCAUCCAGUACUAGUGCUACUACAAAACCUUUGAUCCUAUGUACAUUUCUGUUUAAGGACCCCCAAGUCUUUUUGGGUAAGCGAAGCCACCAGGUCUCCCCGCCAUACUGAUGUGAUUCUCCCCAGUCGCACUACUCAGUGAACCAGCCAGCCUUUAAUCUUCACUGUUUGUUUGUUUCUAUCGCUCAGUGGGAACUCUGACCUAAAGAACUGAAACUUUCUUAAAAUAAAAUCUAGAUGACGCAAAUUAUAUGUAGAAAUCAUAGAGUAACUAUAGAGAUUUUAUCAGAGUUGCUAUUGUUAUCUGUAUCAUAAUGAAGUGCUAUCAUAGAAGAGAGUAGAUGAUGUUAUUGUAGGCUCUGUACAGCAUACAGGGGAAGGAAAAUGCUUUGCUUUCUUUUUUCGUUUGUUUAUUUACGUGGUUAUGUUGUUAAAAACAUGUUUUUUAAAGUACAAGAGAAAAUAUUUAAAACAAAACGUUUUUUGAGUGAGCUUUUCUUUCUCUUCUUGUUGACAGUGACUGAAUUAAUAAUGUAAUUCAAGGCCUUUUUAGACAAUAUCCUGAAGUCACAUUAGGCAGGCCUUCUCAGGGGUGACGGGUUGAGCAAAUGCUAACAUGACCAUCCAUUCAGGGUAUCCCUCCAUAGCUCUAAAGAGCAGGAAACACUGUACACAUGGAUGGAUUGACAAAACAAAACAAAACAAAAAAAGCAACUUACAGUGCUGUACCAUAGAGAGGACAAGGGAUGGAUUUUGGAAAAUAAAGCUUUUACUUGUAAAAA